AAAAUUUGAAGGCAUUGAUUAAGAACUUGAAGCUAGUAAUCAAAUAUAAAAAUAUCGAACUUCCUUUACAACCACCCAUGGCCGGUUGGCCUUUGUUUCAUUUUCCCUGGUACAAAAGCUAUAUAAAUUUAUUUCCCUUCCACCCACAUCUCACAGCUCUCUUUCAUCAAAAUUUAGGACACAAAAGAGAGUAGCUAUUUGUGGGUUUUAAUUCAUUUAAACGUCAUUUCAAUGCCUACUUCAACAUCAAAUUUUAUUAUUUCUUGUUUGAUUUUAUUGUCUUUGACUAUUGUUCCUCUAGUUGAGGCCGGAGCUUUCUUUAUCUUUGGAGAUUCGCUUGUCGAUAGUGGCAACAACAACUUCUUAGUCACCACUGCUCGCGCUGAUGCUCCUCCUUAUGGUAUUGAUUAUCCUUCUCGACGUCCCACCGGCCGUUUUUCCAAUGGACUCAACAUUCCUGAUAUCAUAAGUCAGCAAAUUGGGCAACCAGAAGCUCCAUUGCCAUACUUAAGCCCGGAGCUUCAAGGCAAUAAGCUUCUUAUCGGAGCCAACUUUGCAUCUGCUGGUAUCGGAAUUCUCAAUGAUACGGGCUCUCAAUUUAUUAACAUUAUCAGAAUGUUUAGACAACUGGAUUAUUUUGAAGAAUACCAGCGUCGACUGGCUGCUCUCGUCGGAGACGCAGCAGCCCGCACCCUUGUAAACCAAGCGCUCGUACUUAUCACCGUUGGUGGAAAUGAUUUUGUGAAUAACUACUACUUGGUUCCCUUCUCUGCAAGAUCUCGCCAAUUCGCUUUGCCGGAUUAUGUUACGUAUCUCAUUUCGGAGUACAAAAAAUUGCUCCAGAGGCUGUACUGUCUGGGAGCACGUAGGGUUGUGGUGACAGGGACGGGGCCGAUGGGGUGUGUUCCGGCGGAACUGGCAAUGAGGGGUAACAAUGGAGGAUGCUCGCAAGAACUGCAAAGAGCUGCAGCAUUGUACACCCCACUACUGGAUCAAAUGCUUCAGCAACUUAACAGUGAAAGUGGUGGAACCGUUUUUAUUGCUGCAAACACUCAACAAAUGAACACUGAUUUCAUCACCAAUCCUCAAGCUUUUGGCUUCGCAACAUCAAAAAUAGCAUGCUGUGGACAAGGACCACACAAUGGGAUAGGUUUAUGCACAGUAUGGUCAAGUUUGUGUCCUGAUCGUAGCCUCUAUGCAUUCUGGGAUCCAUUUCAUCCCACCGAAAAGGCUAACAGAAUCAUCGUUCAACAGAUGAUGACUGGUACCAACAAGUACAUGAACCCUAUGAACCUCAGCACCAUUUUGGCUUUGGAUUCCAGGGCUUAGACAUCAGUCAAACCCAGGAGACCAUCCGCCAUUUACUUUUAAUUAAUUUCUUCAUUUGGGUAGUUUUGUUGUGUUUGUGGUGACUGUUAACGGAGUUUCCAAGUGUGGUUGUUUAAUUUAAUAAUUUAUUUGUCAUCAAUGUUUAAUCAGUAUUCAUCC